GGAGAGUUGUUCGAUGGCUUGUUGUUCGACCUGGCUGUCCUAGUAUGAAAUAGCGCACCCUCACCGCUAGCUGCUAGCAGCCGCUGCCUUGAACGCAGGCAGACUGAAGAUGGACCAUCCAAAUCGCGGUCGUUCCGCAGCCCGGCAGUCGGGCAGCGUCCGUCCCACAAGCGAAGCGGCAGUUGAGCGGUCCCGCUCUCUUCCCGCGAGUAGGUGGAAAUCUGGUCGCUCGCCACUGGAUGACGCUCUGUCUGCUUCUCCCUCCGAGAACCUUGCCUGCAGAACCGCCGGUCGCCACCGGCGGGUACGGAACACGAGCCGAGGCAAGGCCGUGGAUGGUGUGCAGCGACGUCCGAGAUCACUUGUGCCGCUCGGAGAUGCCGCCGUCGCGGGGUUCAAGGCAGAGCACGAAAAGCGCCCGUUCGAUGUUGUGGCGUUCGUGAACCGGGAAUCUGGGGGGCAAACCGGAGUAGCGGUCUUGUAUGAAGUAGAAGGCGUUAUUGCCUGAGAGAGAAGGCCGCGACGCGGUUGUUACGAGCAGGCAGAGCGUGAGCAAUAAGCUAUUUUGUUCUCAGCUAUGUGCCUAUCCUUACUACACUACGCGAUGCAUGUGUCAUUCAAAGGGAACGUACUACAGAAGCAACAGCAAGCUGCAUUCGACGCUCGAAAGCAAAUAUUCAUUCCUGUUACACUGCUUUAUCGCUGUGCUGCCUUCUCUGCAGGAAGUAUUUGGAAUGAAUUAAGCAGCUGAUCAACCUACUGGGCGGUGAGCAUGUGGUGAACCUCGCCGACCCCGAGGAACCCGCCGCCACCCUCGCGACUUGGGACUACCGGCUAGCGAGCGGUGUUUUCCGGGCCAACCGAGCGAGCGGCGCCUGGUCUAGUGCGGCGUCCAGUCCAGAGCGGGAGAAGAACUUGCUGCAAAAUAUUAAAUCAACCGAGAAGCCUGUACUACACUUUGCCCAAGAGAGUACUAGACCACUGAAAGCGAAAACGAGCAGCCAAGGGUCAAUCUCCAAGUCGUCCCCUGCAGCCGUGAAAUUCGCUAGCGACGAGGAGAAAUUAUACGAAGUGUUUGAAGACGCCGUCGAGCAGCAGUACUACCAUUCCGAUGAUCAAGGUACAGCUACUACCUUUCCGCAAAAACUCUUCCACGACGUCGAUCACGAUACUUCAUCUCGCGGCAUCCGGUUUCUGGUUUGCGGUGGCGAUGGGACGGUGAGCUGGAUUUUGAGUGAGAUCGCGGCUUUCCCCGCACUUUCCGCGUACCACAAUGGCGUUGCGAUCUGCCCGCUCGGGACCGGAAACGACCUGGCGAGGAGUCUAGGGUGGGGGAAGGGCUUGCAGCGCUUGGAGGACCUGAAGCUCUUCCUGGAGUGGACCAUGCACGCGGAUGCAGUGGAACUUGACCGGUGGUGUUUAGAAGUAGAGCCGGAAGACGAGUUGCCAACCGACCACUGCUUCCACCAAUUUGAGAACUGUCUGCCGAAACGGGAAGAGGUGAACGAUUUUGAACUUGAGAAGGCGUCCUCACCGCUACGCUUCUCUAGUCCGCAGCGGGAAGGGGAGGAGAAUGCUGACAAGGACGAGGAUCCAUGCAGCACGGCAACGCCGUCCGAUACGAGUCGCACGCCCGCGUCCUCGGUCCGAGAGAGGCACGGCAGGGGCAGUGGGAGUAGUAAUAAAGUGGAGCCUGUUCAUCUUACUAGCGUGCUUCGUCAAGUAGAUCCUGUGUCAGGAACAACCGCUUCCUGGACUAAAAGCCCUAAUCUCGCCUACGCGGUGCCGUUGCCGAAAUACCGCGGGUAUUUUCACUGCUACUUCUCCAUCGGCCUGGAUGCGGAAAUAGCCUACCACGUGGAACGGAGCCGCAAACUUUCGGCGGUCGGCCGCCGCUUCUUCCGGGCAGGGCUGGGAAAGUGCUGCUACGGGUGGCAUAUCAAAUCCAAAUAUGUCUGGGUCUGGAAGGUUCCGAACUUGUGAUGCGUGUUUCGGAUCCUACAAAGAUCUGUGAUGCAUAACGUGCAAAAGGUGCCCACUUCUGGCCAUGCUGAGAGGGCAUUUCUCAUGCAGAAUACGCAUCACCAAGGACCUGCAGAACCUGUGACGCUAGGCCCUGCAUUCCAGACGGGGGGGAGGUUGGAAAAACUGCAUGACAAAUCUCAGAAUCUCCCAAACCCAGACAUUUUUGCAUUUGAUAUGGCAGGGGUUUGCGAAGGUUGGCUGUUUUGCGCGCCAGUUUUGCUGCAACUCGACGCUGCUGUCCCGGGACGUGCGGAUCUUGGAGCCGCCGGUACACAACUCAAGCCACACUUUUGCGUAGUGCGUCAUUUGAUCAGAUCAAAUACAAAUUGAUCUUUCCUUUUUGUGUAAGUACUGUGAAUGUGGUUCUAGAAAUCCAGUGCGAACAAACAAUGUCACCGGCGUCCUCAACUUCUUUUCAGGUCGAGCAACUGGAAGCUCGGAAGAUUCAAGCGUGCCUCUUGAAAGGUCGUUGCCGCCAGCUCUCCCUGCUGAACAUCAACAGCUACGGAAGCGGUGCGCAGGGCGCGCGGGCCGAGACGCAGAGCGCGCGGGACCAGCAUCUGGAGCUCUGCGCCGUGCGGAAUCCGGGGUUCGAUACGGCGUUGUUUUGCGGGUUGGCGAAGAUGCAGGAACUGGAAAAGGUGCAGCGCUUGACGCUGCACGUGCAGAAACCCGUCUUCAUGCAGUACGACGGGGAGGCUUGGUUUCUUCCCUGUCCUUCGGUAAUCAGCAUAUUUCCGGCGAAGGACGCGGUCCGGCUUCUGCGCGCGCCGCCGGACGCGCCAUUUUGGAACAAUCGGCAAACGCACGGGUUUUGGGAUCAAUAGGGACUACUUCGAAAUGUAAGUAAGUAAGCAGUCGUGGUACAACGGAGAAACCACGACAGCAGCGCAGGAAAGUAGUGGAGCGAACUUUUGUCCUCAAUCGUGUGAGUUUGAAGCUUGGAAGUCACAUAAUCGAGGAGGCUGUAACUGUCUUCUCUGCGUUUGCGCCACACUUUAUCGGCUUCGAUUGUGCGAGCCCUUUGGUUCUUCACAAGCGGAAACUACCGAUCGAGAUUUAAUACUUGUUG